AGCCAUGGCUAGGCUCCGCCGGUGCUGCGGCCGGGCCGUGGGGCUCGAGCACUUCCGCCUCCUCCGCAGGCUUGGUAGCGGGGACAUAGGGAGCGUUUACCUCUGCCAGAUCCGUGGGACAGCUUCCACGUACGCAAUGAAGGUGGUGGAUAAGGAGGCGGUGGCGGUGAAGAAGAAGCUCGGGAGGGCGGAGAUGGAGAAGGAGAUUCUUGGGAUGCUUGAUCAUCCCUUUUGCCCUACUCUGUAUGCGUCCUUCGAGGCUUCUCACUACUCUUUUCUGGUCAUGGAGUAUUGUCCGGGCGGUGACCUCUACGCCACCCGGCUCCGCCAGCCCUCGAAACGGUUCAGCCUCUCCUCCGCAAGGUUUUACGCAGCGGAGACUCUUGUUGCGUUAGAAUAUCUCCACAUGAUGGGAAUUGUAUACAGAGACCUCAAACCAGAAAACGUAUUGAUCCGAGACGACGGCCACAUCAUGCUCUCCGACUUCGACCUCUCCUUCAAAUGCGACGUCGUUCCACAACUCCUAAACCCCGAUCCUCGCCAAGUGGACAUAGAUGAUGAUGACGAGGACGAUGAUGUCAGCAUCCGCCGGAGAUGCUCGACCCCGUCGUGCACGGUGACACCGUUGCACCCCGUGAUAUCAUGUUUCUCCCCUUCGUCGUCGGGCAGAAGGAGGAAAGUAAUCACGACGAUACGCGAAAACGUAGCAGAGAUGGGCAAAAACGCCGGCGUUUCCAGGACGUUUUCGAGACGGAGGUCGUGUUCUCGGAGCUCCCGAGGGUUCCACGACGAAUGCAACGGGUGUCCGGCCGUCGUGGCCGAGCCGAUCAACGCUCGGUCGAAGUCGUUCGUGGGAACGCACGAGUAUUUGGCCCCAGAGGUCAUCUCAGGGCAAGGGCACGGGAGCGCGGUGGACUGGUGGACGUACGGGAUAUUCCUAUACGAGAUGUUAUUCGGAACGACGCCGUUUAAGGGAGAGAACAACGAGAGAACCCUAGUCAACAUUCUGAAGAAACCCUUGGCGUUCCCAAAGGUUGUCGUGAACAGUCCAAAAGAGUACGAGGAGAUGGUGAAAGCGCAAGAUCUAAUAAUAAAGUUACUCGUCAAGAACCCUAAGAAGAGGGUAGGCACUCUCAAAGGCUCCAUGGAGAUUAAAGGUCACGAAUUCUUCGAAGGUGUUAAUUGGGCGUUAAUUAGAUCGAUUAGACCACCAUGGGUACCCAAAGAGGAGACUAAUCACAAGAUUAAGGGCGCUAAUCUCGGUAUUAAUUAUUAUUUACCACCAAAGUUGCUGACUAGGAAGGAGAGGGAUGAGCCUUACCACAUGUCUAAUCAUUUUGAUUAUUUCUAAAUCCUUUAGGGCUACUUCUACUUUAAAUUUUGUUGUAAAUUCGGAAUUUUUUGUUUAUAGUUUGAUUGACUGUAAAUUGAAUUUUUUAUUAGAAGACUAAUUUUAAAAUUUAUGUU